AUUGAGAACCUGUGCGCAGCCUGAAACUCAUUUCCUGUGAUUGGCUAACUGGAAGCUGCGAUGACAGAAAGCCCAACACUUUUCUCUACCGGAGUGUCAGUCAGUCAGUCUGUCAGCCUUCAGAUCACCACAGACUACUAACCGGUGCGUCCACGUGGAUGAUCAAUCAUGGAGCUAUUGGUUCGAUAUCUGGACAGGAGCAAUUCAGUUAGCUCUGUCAUGAAUCAAGACCUUAUUAAAGAGGAGAACCUGAGAGAUGACCUGAAGUAUUACUUCAUGAGCCCGUGUGAGAAGUACCGGGCCAGGCGACACAUACCCUGGAAACUUGGGGUGCAGAUACUGAAAAUCGCCAUGAUCACCACACAACUCAUCCUGUUUGGCCUCAACAACCAGCUGGUGGUGUCCUAUAAGGAGGAGAACAUGAUGGCCCUCAAAAAUCUUUUCCUGAAGCAUUACAGUGGGAUGGACGAGGACGACUACAGUGUUGCUGUAUACACACAGCAAGACGUCUAUGACAGUCUGUUUUAUGUCCUGGAUCAGUACAGCCAGUUGGACCGGCUCUCUGUGGGUCCCAUCAGCUACGCUGAGGAUGAAGACGGCAAGCUGCUUCCUAUCACCAUAUGUAAAGAGUACUAUAAGAGGGGCAGCGUGACUCCCUCAGAUGAGGCCUACGACAUCGACUCUGAGCUGGAGACAGUUUGCAUGUCACAACCAAAGACUGCCAACCAGUCGCAAAGCCAUAAUUCAUCCUUUUUUGAUCUGGACUUUUACAGACUUGUUGACAUCAAAAUAACCUUCCAGCUGAAAGGAAUCAACCUUCAGACAGUGCGUAGACGGGAGUUACCAGACUGCUACUCUUUCUACGUUACGAUAACAUUUGACAACCAGUGUCACAGUGGAAAGGUGAAAAUAUCCCUGGACAUAGAUGCUCAGAGUUGUGCAUGUCAAGACUGGAAGAUAUCGGGGACAGCUCAGAAGAACACACACUAUCUUCUGGUGUUUGAUGCCUUCGUCAUUUUGGUCUGCCUCACAUCAGCCGUGCUGUGUACCCGUUCCAUCAUACUGGCUGUCAGGUUGCUGCAGAGAUUCUCCAGAUUCCUGCACGAGAACUACAAUCGUAAAGUGUGUGAGGAUGACCAGAGUGAGUUUCUGAAUGGCUGGUAUGUGCUGGUUAUUGUCAGCGACCUUUUGGCCAUAAUUGGAUCCAUACUGAAGAUGGAAAUACAAGCAAAGAGUCUAACCAGUUAUGAUGUGUGCAGUAUCUUCCUGGGAACAUCUACAUUAAUGGUGUGGGUCGGUGUGAUCAGGUACCUGGGAUAUUUCCAGAAAUACAACGUGUUAAUUUUAACCAUGAAAGCAGCCUUCCCCAAAGUCCUGCGUUUCUGCUGCUGUGCCGGCAUGAUCUACCUCGGCUACACCUUCUGCGGGUGGAUCGUACUGGGGCCAUACCAUGAGAAGUUCGAGGGCCUGAGUCGUGUAGCAGAGUGCCUGUUCUCUCUGUUGAACGGUGACGACAUGUUCACCACCUUCGCACAGCUGAAGGACAAAAACACUUUGGUGUGGCUCUUCAGCCGGGCAUACCUCUACUCCUUCAUCUCCCUGUUCAUCUACAUGGUGCUGUCGCUCUUCAUCGCUCUCAUCACGGACGCCUAUGAGACCAUCAAGAACUACCAAAAAGAAGGAUUCCCGUUGACGGACCUGCAUAAAUUCCUCAGAGAGCAGAAAGAUCUUCCUGUUGAAGAGGAGAGCAGUCAGACAGACGUUCACGUUAGACACUCUGUGUUCUGCUGCUGCCAACGAGUUCCUGAAAAUGACGAUGUCAUACUAAUCAGCUGACCGCUGUCAGACUGGUUCAGGGAAGAGGAGGAUUUUGGUAACGGGACUUCACGCGUCUGAUUCAGACUUCAAGACCAAAUGCACUGCACAAAUCCUGAAGGGGUUUAUAGAGUUGCUGUUCCAGGAGGAAGAGUUUUGUCCGUUCCCCCCCUCUUGAACAUGAAGCUGGAGCUUGAGGUUAAGCUGGGACUGGAAACAUGAAGUUAUAUUGGAGUUCAGGAUACUGUUGAAAAGUUUACAGGGCCUUUGUAAGGUCUGCACAAAGAACUGGAUUCAGUUUUGUCUGCAAAUGUUGAUGUUGUGCAACAUUAUGGAGUGCUGAAUGUCAUUUAUUUCUAGUGUUAUAGUAAAGAUUGAAGUAAAAUGA